GAGUACAUAUGUCUGUGGCCACAACAAUCAUGGCGGCUCCGGAAGUACGGUUUUCACACUCAGGCGCAUAUAUUCGACGCAACUUCCCUUCAUACUUCCUUUUUCGAGCUCCGUGUGAAGGGAGGCAUCGCGGCAAAAUGAGCAAGGUCUCAAGAGACACUUUGUACGAGGCUGUUCGGGAGGUCCAGGCUGGUUCCCGUCUUAAGAAGAGAAAGUUUCUUGAGACUGUGGAGCUGCAGAUCAGCUUGAAGAACUACGAUCCCCAGAAGGACAAGCGUUUCUCAGGCACUGUCAGGCUGAAGACCACCCCACGUCCCAAGUUCUCCGUGUGCAUCCUUGGUGACCAGCAGCAUUGUGAUGAAGCCAAGGCCGCUGAGCUUCCACACAUGGACAUCGAGGCUCUUAAAAAGCUCAACAAGAACAAGAAACUGGUCAAGAAGCUGGCAAAGAAGUACGAUGCUUUCCUGGCUUCUGAGUCUCUGAUCAAGCAGAUUCCUCGUAUCCUGGGACCUGGCCUCAACAAGGCAGGAAAGUUCCCCUCUCUGCUCACCCAUAACGAGAACCUGGGCACCAAGGUGGAUGAAGUCAAAUCCACCAUCAAAUUCCAGAUGAAGAAGGUUCUGUGUCUGGCUGUGGCUGUUGGUCACGUCAGGAUGACCGAGGAAGAGCUGGUCUACAACAUCCACCUGGCUGUGAACUUCCUGGUGUCUCUGCUGAAGAAGAACUGGCAGAACGUGAGAGCGCUCUACAUCAAGAGCACCAUGGGAAAGCCACAGCGCCUCUAUUAGAGACUGUUCCUCAAUUUUCUACAAUAAAUGUGGAGUUGAUCCAAA